UUUAAUAAUGAUGCGCUGGCAUACCUGAAUGCUGAAUUCCACAUAACCUCCAAAAUCUCCAUUACAAUUACAAGUUUGUAACUCAACGUAUCAACUGCAUAGGCCGCGUGGUUUGGCCAAUGCAAGAAAUUUUUGUAGUUCAACGUAGAUAGUUACCGGCUUUAAAAUGCCUCGCAGUAAAGCAACAGAGGAAACUGACAAAUUGACUAGGAUUGCCAUUGUUAAUUCUGACAAAUGCAAGCCUAAAAGAUGUCGUCAGGAAUGCAAAAAGUCCUGUCCUGUUGUGCGUAUGGGCAAACUGUGUAUAGAAGUGUCACCAAAUGACAAACUCGCAUCUAUAUCCGAAGAACUCUGCAUUGGUUGUGGUAUUUGUGUAAAGAAAUGUCCAUUCGAGGCGAUCACAAUUAUAAACUUGCCGAGCAACUUGGAGAAGGACACGACGCAUCGUUACUCCCAGAACUCAUUCAAGUUGCACCGGCUGCCGAUUCCCAGACCUGGUGAAGUUCUGGGAUUGGUCGGCACCAACGGAAUUGGCAAGUCGACCGCACUCAAAAUCCUGGCCGGCAAGCAGAAACCCAAUCUGGGACAGUUCACGAAUCCACCCGAUUGGACGGUAAUUCUUAACCACUUUCGAGGUUCGGAACUGCAAAACUAUUUCACAAAAAUCCUGGAGGACGAUUUGAAAGCUUUAAUAAAGCCGCAGUACGUGGAUCAGAUACCAAAAGCUGUCAAGGGUACCGUUCAGCAACUACUAGACAAGAAGAACGAGAGGGACAAUCAAAAUCUUAUCUGUGAUUUAUUAGAUUUACAAAAGAUCAGGAACCGGUCGAUAGAGGACUUGUCUGGUGGUGAACUGCAGCGGUUUGCGUGUGCCAUGGUGUGCAUCCAAGAUGGCGACAUAUUCAUGUUCGAUGAGCCGUCCAGCUAUUUGGACGUGAAGCAGCGUCUCAAAGCCGCCUCCACUAUCCGAUCCCUCAUACAGCCUGAUAAGUUCAUAAUAGUGGUGGAACACGAUCUGUCGGUGCUUGACUAUUUGUCUGAUUUCAUUUGCUGCCUGUACGGUGUGCCUGGAGCAUAUGGAGUGGUCACUAUGCCUUUCUCGGUCAGGGAAGGUAUCAACAUAUUCUUGGACGGAUUCGUUCCGACGGAGAACCUUCGUUUUCGCGAUGAGUCACUUGUUUUCAAAGUGGCCGAAUCUGCCACUGAGGAAGAAGUGAAGCGUAUGAACCACUACGAGUAUCCGGCCAUGACUAAAACCAUGGGCGACUUCCAUCUCGAGGUACGACAGGGUCAGUUCACCGACAGUGAAAUCCUGGUGUUGCUGGGCGAGAACGGCACGGGCAAAACGACAUUCAUCCGACUGCUGGCCGGCAGAGACCGACCCGACAGCGGCUCGGCAGACGUGCCCGUGCUCAACAUCAGCUACAAGCCACAGAAGAUCAGUCCCAAGUACAAUGGCCAGGUCCGCUCCCUCCUGCAUGACAAGAUCAAGGACGCCUACAUACAUCCACAGUUUGUGACAGACGUGAUGAAGCCGAUGAAGCUGGACGACAUAAUCGACCAGGAGGUGCAGAAUCUGUCGGGCGGGGAGCUGCAGCGUGUCGCGAUGGCACUCUGCCUCGGCAAGCCGGCUGACGUCUACCUCAUCGACGAACCAUCCGCCUACCUCGACUCCGAACAGCGCUUGGCCUGUGCCAAGGUCAUCAAGAGAUUCAUCCUGCACGCAAAGAAGACAGGCUUCGUGGUGGAGCACGACUUCAUAAUGGCGACGUACCUGGCCGACAGGGUGAUCGUGUUCGAGGGCAUCGCGUCGGUGAGCACGACGGCGCACUCGCCUCAGUCGCUGCUCGCCGGCAUGAACCGCUUCCUCGAACUGCUCGGCAUCACUUUCCGUCGCGACCCCAACAACUUCCGGCCUCGCAUCAACAAGGAGAACUCGGUCAAGGUCAGUGCCGCCGCCCCACUAACUCAGUCAAGCUCUAGCAACUUAAAUCCUGAUUUCUCAAUGGUUUUAUUCAUUUUUAUAUUAUAUUUUCAUAAACAUCAUUUAUAUGCUUCGCACUAGCCAACUUCUGUUUAU